AUGAAUAACACAAGAGGAAGGUGGUUAGUACAGUUAGCUACAAGUUCCUCUCAACAUCCUAGCCAGCAGCGACUGAAUGAAGCUACUGGCCAGUUGUAUGAAGAUAAAACUAUGCAGCAGUGUAACACGUCUAGUGAAGACGUCUUGUUCGACGAAGGGUUGUCUUCUGACUCAGACUACCUGCCAGAAGAAAGUAACGUUGGCUUUCAAUCUAAUGCAUUAGAAGAAAGUAGGAGCUCCAACGCAGAGGUCCUUGAUGAUGAGACAGCUGUGCUUACUCGUAAGGUUACCCACAAAAUGAAACGCAAUCGUAAGGGUCAAGCAGAUCAGACAAAAUGGAAGAGAUUAAAAAACUCUAAGGCUAGGUUACAAGGUAAACAAUAUAAAGGUUUUGAGAAGGAUAGGAAUGGAAAAUACGGACAAAUACUAUUAAGACCAGAUAAAUGCUUACAGGCAAGAUGUGGUGGGCAUACUGAAGUGAAACAUGGGGGACCUAGACAAAGGUUUGAAUGUGAAAUGUUAACCGAAGAAGAGUGA